ACAGAACCUGUCAACUUUAAAAAACUCUAAUACUAUUCUUGAUAAUUCUAUCAAUAUUCGUAAAGAUUUUAAUAAAGAAAAUAAGGAAUUUCAAAUAGAACCGAAAAAAAACAGAUCCGAAAUUAUCUAAAGCUGUGGGAAGUGUAAAAGAUCGAAAACAUAAAAUAAAAAAUACAAAAAGGACGUAGAUGAAGUAAAGAAAUUGAAAAAGAAAUUGAAAGUAUCAGAAUCCAAAUUGGCACAAGCCUUAGAAACAAUUGAAUCGUAUCGAAAUAUUUUUCAUUUUAUGUAAUUGUUUCUCCACCAUGUUAUAUGACUUAUGAAGGAUAAUUUAUUUUCCAAUUAAUAGCUAGUCGAGAUGUUAAUCCGUUUGAACAGAUUGCCAAAGGAGAUGCUGAUGUAGGGUACCUACGAAAGACUGACAAUAUGAUUCAUUGCGGAAACGGAGUUUAUAUAUCAAAAAUCGACUAUAAUAAUGCAAAGAAUAAACUGUAUACAUACAGUAAAAAAAAAUAAAAAAGGCUCAGAAUAUUCUGGAUUUGUACGCCAUAUAGCUGAAACUAUCUUUGGCAGUGAAACUUUGAAAAACAGUUCGGUUACUGGUAGACAGUCUGGAAGGACCAAAGCUCCGGCAAAGCCAAAACUUGAUCCCAAGUUGUUAGGAGCUGUUAUAGGUAUAUUUCAAUAUUAUUUGGUAGUGGAAGUAAAAUUGGAUCCAGUAAGAGUUUCGCAAGAAGUUAAAUCUACAGGCGAACAUAUCGCUAGUAAAAUAGCCGAUAUGAAUCGUAAAAGUAAAAAGAAAAUUUGCGAUCCAGAAGGGGCAAGCAAUAAUGCACUUGCAAAUGUAGAGACAGAAGUAACUGUCAAUUUGAAUAAUAAAAAUCAACCUGAAGCAAGGUUAAGAAAUGAGGAUGAUGAAAGGAGCAAUGAUGAUGAUGAUGAUGAAAAUAGCAAUGAUGAUGAUGAAAACGGCAGUGAUGAUGAUGAAAACCCCGAUGACGAGGAUAGUGAAGACAAUAGUGAAUCCGAUUCUAAUAAUAAGUAAAAUUUAAGUAUUGUUUGUAUUUACAUAAGUAAGUUAUGUACGUUUCUAAAUUAUUAUAUUAUUUGAUGACGGUAAGGAUGUUUUAUUUAUAAAAAGAUAAAAAGAAUAAAUCAUCACCUGAACACUCUUUAA